CGGUAUAGUAUAUAAAUGGUCCGAGGAGUCGCAGAGCGCUAUCAACAACUAUUCUAUCACUACUGUUACCAAUCCCCAAGCAUCCAGAAAUGGCGGAAAAAGGUUUGUUGGAGGACUAUGCCGCGGAUGCGGAAGUUGCGAAGGAGACGAUCUUCUCUGAAUCUCUAGAUACAAGCAUAGCCGAAGAAGGUUCGAUGGAGGACUUCUUAGCCGCGGCGGUGGAAGCUGCGCGUAAAGCCGGAGAGAUAAUCCGUGCUGGUUUUUACGGGAAGAAAGGUGUGGAGCACAAAGGCCUGGUGGAUUUAGUGACUGAAACUGAUAAAGGCUGUGAAGAGCUAAUAUUCACUUUUCUGAAGCAGAAAUUCCCUGACCAUAAGUUCAUUGGAGAAGAAACAACUGCAGCUCUUGGUCCUGAAGAAUUGACUAAUGAGCCAACCUGGAUUGUUGAUCCUUUGGAUGGAACAACCAACUUUGUGCAUUCGUUUCCAUUUGUAUGUGUGUCCAUUGGAUUAACAAUUCAAAAAGUUCCAACAGUUGGAGUUGUCUACAAUCCAAUAAUGGAUGAGCUUUUUACUGCUAUUCGUGGAAAAGGUUCUUUCCUAAAUGGGAAUCCUAUCAAAGCCAGUAGUCAAACCGAGCUUGUGAAGUCCCUUCUUGCCACAGAGGUCGGAACAAAACGUGACAAACCUACUAUGGAUGAUGUUACCAAUAGGAUCAAGAGUCUACUCUUCAAGGUUAGGUCUGUCAGAAUGGGUGGAUCCUGUGCAUUAAACCUCUGUGGAAUUGCAUGUGGAAGGCUUGAUUUAACCUAUGAAAUCGGUUUUGGAGGCGCUUGGGACGUAGCAGCCGGUGCAGUUAUUGUAACUGAAGCUGGAGGUCUUGUAUUUGAUCCUUCUGGUAAGGAUUUUGAUCUCACUUCUCAGCGAGUAGCUGCUUCAAAUGCUUUCCUCAAGGAUGCAUUUGUUGACACAUUGCAGCAAUCGGAAUAGAGAUCACUUUGAUACCAGAUAAGCUUGGUUUACUAUCCAGAGGAACUAUAGUA